UUGAUUUGUUCUUUCAUGAAUAUAGCUAGCCAUUCUCAUGAAUAUAUAGUCUUGAAGUCUUCAGAUGAGCGUGAGAAGCAGAAUGAACUGCACUACUGCAGAAGUGAGAUAUUAGGAGAAAGCAUCGGUGAGGUGAAAAGAGUUGCAGACAUGCACGAGAGGAAGUCAGAAAUGGCUAAGAAUGCAGAUGCCUUCAUUGCUCUUCCAGAUGGCUAUGGAACCAUGGAGGAGCUUCUUGAGAUAAUAGCUUGGUCUCAGCUUGGCAUCCACCACAAACCAGUUGGGAUUCUGAAUGUGGACGGUUACUACAACGAUUUGAUCCAACUGUUUGACAAAGGAGUGAGAGAAGGGUUCAUCGAGGACUCUGCGAGUCACAUUGUCAUUUCGGCAGACAAUGCGGAAGAACUUCUAAGGAAAAUGGAGGCCAAGGCCGAAGAGGAGAGGAGGAGAGAAGCCAACAAGAAAAGGAGAAGCAGCUAGUCUGCAGGGCCUUCUUUGUGGAUGCUUACAGGUUAUAAUUCAGAAGUUUUUAUGUAGUAUGCUGACCAGAUGAUGAAAUGUUUUCCAG